AACGAGUAAGCAGCCAAUAAAAAAAUAACAAUAAAAUCGUAGUAUUCGUAGUGUAAACGCAAUGGCUUUCGCCGCUCGAAAUUUGCGAAUUUUAUACAAAAUAUACAACGGCAAUGUCACUAAUUCUUACUCAACAUUACGGAAACCAAUAGCACGAAUAAGUUUAUUGCCAUCAAUACAAAAAUGCAAAUUUACCACACAAAAUAAUCGAACUAAAAUAGCUGGUAGCUUAACAAACAUCAAGUCGUCAUCGCCCACAAUCCCAUUUGCACAAAAUGUAAAAGAAAAAACAGAUAAUAAACAAGUUCCUCCAAUUCCUCCAAAAGAUGAUAUGGAUAUUGACGAAGAAGAGCUUAGAAAACAACGCGAAAUGACAUGGAAAUUUACCAAAUACAGUAUGAUUCCAUGCGGAAUAAUAUUUGGCUUAAUGGGUGGGUAUUAUAUUUAUCAAUUAUCAGUACCACAGUAUGAUAGCAAAGGCAAUGUCAUCGAGGAUGAAUAUUCACAUUUACCCUAUUUCCCACGUCUAUGGAAUCGUAUUCUUGAUCGAAUUAAUUAUUGGACUAAAUUCAUCCAAGAACCAAGUAGAGAACAAUUAUUACCAGAUCCACUGAAACACCCGUACCUUCACCCGCCGACUGUAGUAUUAGAAUUGACUGACGUAUUAAUUCAUCCAGAAUGGACGUAUAAAACCGGCUGGAGGUUCAAAAAACGCCCGGGCGUUGAUCAAUUUCUAGAAAGUCUAUCGCAGUGCUUUGAAGUUGUCAUUUUCACAGCGGAACCAGCAAUGACAAUAGCUCCAGUUGUAGAUGCACUGGAUUCCAAAGGAGUAGCGAUUAAAUUAUUGAGAGAUGCCACGCGAUUUAUCGAUGGACAUCAUGUCAAAGAUUUAGAUACACUUAAUAGAGAUCUUAAAAAAGUAAUUGUAGUAGACUGGAAUCCAAAUAGCGUAAAACUUCACCCAGCAAAUUUGUUCAAAAUACCUCGAUGGAAGGGUAACGAUGAUGACACGACGUUGUUCCACCUCACAGCGUUUCUCAAAGCUCUUGCUGCGUUAGAGAUUGACGAUAUGCGUGACGCUUUAUUGUAUUAUCAACAAUUCGAUGAUCCUAUCGAAGCAUUUAAGGCUAACCGAGAAAGAGUAAUACAACAAAUUAGAGAAGACGAAAUGAUGAAAACUCAAAAUGAAAGUAACAAAACAUUGGUAUCAAAAUGGACACCAUCGUUCUUAAAAUCGCAUUAAUAAAUAAUCUAAAAAAUUAUAAAUAUAAAUUUUUUUUUUUUAAGUUAAUGUAUAUUUAAAUGUUAAAAUAAAAUUUUUAUUUUCACCCAAACUAA